AUGAGCAUGAUUACAAUGCAUUUUCUCCCUGGGGAGAAAGCUAUUAGUACCAAGUCAAUAGCUGAUGGGAUCUUAAUUCUUACAAAUUAUCGGAUCAUAUUUUCAACCAGAAAGCCUCACAGUUCAUGGAGUAUACCCCUUACAUUAGUAUGGAAAGCUGAAGCAUUCGAAAUGAUUCAUAUCAAAAUUAUAACAAAAAUUGGUAUAUCGGUUACCUGGUCAUUUUUAGAUGAAAUUGCAUGUGACGCAGGAUACAAUCAUAUUACAUCAUUAAUUGAUAUACCUAAAGAUAUUGAUUCUUUGUUUGCUUGUAAAUUUCGUUCAUCUCUGGAAGCCAACAUUCCAAGUCAUCCUUUCCUUUUAAGUGCCUGUGAACUGUUGCAAAUAAAUGAUGUAGAUAGUGCGUUAGAUACAGCCUUAGUAUGUUUUGAAUUUCGCCGAAUGAACUUCGAUGAGGCAUGGAAGAUAACAGAUAUUAACAAUGAAUUCAAAAUUUGUUCCACAUAUCCUAGACAUCAUAUUGUACCACGGUCGAUCAGUGAUAAUGAUAUCAUUAACAUGGCGAGCUUUCGAAGUCAUAAUCGAUUUCUAACAGUUGUUUGGCGUUCUCAAGUCACUGGAGCUGUUUUGCUUCGUUGUGCUCAACCUUGUGUCGGACUUAUGUGUUCACGAAAUGAAUAUGAUGAGAAAUUCUUACGAACUGUUCUUUCUUGUUGUCCAAAGAAACCUGUUGCUAAUCCCAACAAAGAUACUCAUCGAUUAAUGAUAGUGGAUGCAAGAAGUCGUAGUAGUGCACAAUUCAAUCGUAUACGGGGUGGUGGUUUCGAAUAUCCAGAAUAUUAUGAUCAGGCUGAAGUUGUUUUCAUGGAUCUACCUAAUUUGCAUACAGUGCGUUCAAAUUUUGAAGCCCUCACCAACCUAUUUGCUGGUAAAUGUCCGAACUGGUUCUCUUCACUGGAAAAAUCGUCCUGGUUAAAUAAUAUUGGUCAACUUUUGAAAACUGCCACAGAAAUAGCUAUCGCCUUGGAGGAAAAUGCUCGUCCUGUCAUGGUCCACUGUACAGAUGGUUGGGAUCGUACGCCUCAAAUAAGUUCUCUGGCUCAGCUGUUAGCAGAUCCUUUCUAUCGAACAAUCCAGGGUUUUAAUAUUCUUGUUGAACGUGAAUGGUUGCAGUUUGGACAUAAAUUUGCUGAUCGAAGUGGACAUCCUUCACUUUCAUCAAAUUUGAAUGAACAAAGUCCAAUAUUUUUACAAUGGCUUGAUUGUGUACAUCAGAUUCGCAGGCAAUUUCCUCAUUGUUUUGAAUUUAAUGAAUCAUUUCUGCUAAAACUUGGUUUACAUAUUUGUUCAAAUCUGUUUGGUACAUUUCUUUGCAAUUCUGAACAAGAACGACAAAAAGCUUCAGUCGCCUCUCGAACAUGUUCUUUGUGGGGUUUACUUUCACCAAAAUAUAAUUGGACUAUUGUGAAUUACUUUUAUGAGCCAGAAGCUGAACAUCUUCUUCAACCUGAUUGUCAAAUUCGUUCUUUGAGUCUUUGGAACACAUUUUAUGGGAUAGCUCUAUCUACAAACAAAACAAAUUCUGUCAAUCUUCCUCAAAGUUCAUCUGAAACAGUCUCCCAUGACAGUACUUCAUUCUCAAAUUCUAAUUCUUUUAUAUCCCAUACAAAGCAUAGAUCUUUGUCAUCCAUUAAACCAACAGUAAUUAAGACUAACUCUAUCUCAAAUCUCAACUGUGAACAGUUGUCACAAUCUACAGAAAAUACUUUAAAUGACAAUCAACCAAUUGAAUCAUCAGCUAAAGUGUUAAUCCCGGAUGUGAAAAUUGACGCCUCUGAAGAGUUACAGUCAAUGACUAUGAACACCGAUUCAUUUAUUAAAGGUACUACUACCUCUGAAAGAAAUUCACGCCGGCGUUCUCUUAAUGAUUUAACUAUCCAAUUAGAUCAUGCAUCAGCUAAACAACAAUUAUCCAAUCGAGUGUCUCCGACUGCAGUGAAAUCAUCGAAUCAUAAUUUUUAUAAUAAUAAUAAUAAUAAUUUAUCCAAAGGUAAAAGCAGUCCUGAACCGGCUAUACUUCGUCUUUCCUCUUUCUCUGAUGAUACUGGUAUAUGUUCUAGCUUUUCUAAAACAUACCUGAGAUCGUCAUUAUCAUCAGUUAGUAAUGGUGAUGGUGUUUUUUCUGGAGAUCCAAAUAAUAAAUGUAUAUCUCCUGAGUCCAAUGGACAAUUAACAAUGAGUACAUGUACCUGCGUCAAUCAAUAUCAACAACAAGAAUGUGUACUGUCACCAGAUGAGAAUACAGAUGUAUUCACUGCUGAUGAACAGUUGGAACAGAAUGAUUUCUCUUUCAAUAAUGAUAACAAUAAUAAUAAUACUAACAACAAUGAUAGUAACAAUCAAUCAUCAGGUCGGUUAUUUUACACCCAAUUCAAUCAUUGUACACAAAAUUGUCAAUUUUAUGGAAAAUGUUCACCAUUGUCCAUUUCAUCGAGAAAUUUCGAGUUCAAUGAAUUUGAUGAUUCUAAUACUAAUGAUAGUAUGAAUAGCGGAUCAAAUAGUAAAAUGCCGUGCAAUUUUCCUCUUGAUGGUGCACAUGUCAAUAGCUUUGUUUAUAAUAGCCCACGAUGGUCAGUUACUACUCGUGGAAGUAAUGCAAGCCUGUAUUUUUUGUCAGAUAUGAAACAGACAUCUGCUGAACAGAUUAAACCAGUACCCACUCAACCGAUGGAUAUUAAGAUGUCUUAUAAAUCGGAUAAUCAUAAUUUAAUGCAUACUGCAGAUAGUGUAUGUCCUAAUGAUUUUAUAGUCCAUAGUCUACCUGAAAAUGAUGAGGUGCUUGUCAAUGGAACUGAAUCAAUCACAUGUGAUUUGGAUAAUUCACCCAAUGAAAACAAUGAUUUAAAUUUUUCCACACCAUUAGGCGAAUCUGUAUCUGGUCAGAUACCAAUGAAUGUAGGCAAUCCUUCUACUUUGAAUAAUAACAGAGAUGCUCAGAAUUGGCAAGAUAUUCAUAGUGCUAUAUCUAAAAUGGAUGAAGUCAAUUCAGAUGAUGUAUUAUUUACAACAAAAUUUAGUGAAUUACUUAUUCCUGAAGAUUUGCUUAAUUGGAGAAGUAAGUAUUUCCGACCUGAACACUUUCCAAACAUCCCAUCUCAUUCGUCAUCAUCAUCAUCAUCAUUCUACCAUGGGGAAAGAAAUUCAUCUUCUGAUCAAAUGUUGGACAGUACUGCUACAACAACAAUAACAACAACAACUACUGCUAGCGGCACUACCAGUACUAUUCAUCAAAACAAUAAAAGCCUUAAGUCUGGUGCAUCUUUUGAUUUGAAAACUUAUUCUACACAAGUUAAUCCUAAAGUUUCCUUACCUGAAUUCACGCAUAUAAUGAACAAUGAAGCAGAUAUCAGUCAUCGGCCAACAUCAGCUCCAAUCAGUCCAACUCUCUGUCCUGUAUCCUAUUUUUCUUCGCCUACAUUGCAUAAGAAUAUAUCACCGUUAAAUAAUACAACUGUACGGAAUUUAUUCACUUAUCAGAAACCAUUGGAUAAUGUUAAUUCAUUGGAUGAAUUGCAUAAAAAGCCUUUAUCUUCUGCAUUGAUGAAUACAUUAUCAUCCUUCUCUGAUUGGGAUGGCUUACCAAUUCUAGUAGAUCGGCUAACAGUACAUGCUCAUUCACAGUUAUGCCAAGAACGUUAUAAUCGUAAAGCACAGAAGCAGUCUGUACUUUCUCUUGAAGCGAAAUUAAAAUAUGCACAAUUAGAAAUUGCUCGAUUGAAUUCAGAAACAGAGAGAUUAAAACAAUUAUUGGAAAUGAAUAAAUCACGUGCUAAUAAUCAUAUAAAUAACAAUAAUGGAGAAGUAGUGUCCGACACAUUGGUUCUACUCAAUGAUAACCAUUCAUCACCAUCAUCAGAUCUAUUGACGAAUAAAUUGUUUGUCACUACCUCAAUUGAUGAAAAUGUAAGUUUUAGGGAGUUUCUUUCUUUUUGUCUUCUCUUUUUCGUGUUUUUGUUACCUUAAUGUGAUUGGGAUAAUAAAGGUAUAUAUAUAUAUAGUAGAAGACAUAUAGUCGCCAUACUUGGUUGGUAUUAGGAUGUGAGGUGUGAGACUAAGAGAAACUUGGUCUAUACAGAAUGCAGGGGAAUGUGAUAUAGUUGUUCAGGUCAAGAUAUAGAUGAGUUAAUUUAGUGCUACUGUUGAUUAAUUCUGACCUUUCUUAGUAAGUUUUGUCUAACUAUCAGUUUCAUUUGUCUUGUGAAUCCCAAGGAGAACGUCUUCACCCAUCCACACGACUGUGAUCAACAGUCAAAGACGCCACUGAUUUCUGCAGUUAUGUCUUAGUUUAACCAACCUUUUUUUCUUCGCAAUAUCAUAAUAUUAGUUUGGUCUACAAUGUGCCUUGGUAUAGGUAGCAACGGGAACAUGCAGUACACAUCGUUGUGUGCUGUUAUCUUUGCAAGUGAUAUAAACUGGAGAAAAACAAUAUCAGUGCGUUUUAUUUUUUCCUAGCUGAGUUGUGAUCACUUGAAAGUAUGUUUGUAUUUGUUAUUCUAUUCACUGACUGAUCGCUUUCAUUUUUUGCUAAAUAGAUCUUCAAAAACUUCGUAUAUACGCACACACACACACCUCAAAAUUGUAAUGUGAAUUGAAAACUGUCAUCGUAUAGUUGAUAGUUGAUUCCGUAUCACUGCACAAUCACGAUGGUGUUGAUUCAUAUAUAAGGUUCUUCAAAAACAACAACAACAACAAGAAGAGGAUGUAAUUUAUGUGAAAUGUGCAGUUUAAUUGCACAACACAUUUCCGGUAUUCUGAUGACAUAUGUACUUAUCACGUAUAUUUACAUAAAAGGCAACAGAGCAGAAAAGAUCGCAAUUAAAAAAAUCAAUACAAGUUCAAAUGUUAACAGAUCAUGAUCAGAAAUAAUAGGUAUUUAUUGAUUACUAUUUAUUUAAACAAAAAAAACAACUUGAUACAAUAUGGCACCAAGAAGAUGCGCCAUACAAUAAUAAGAAAACAAUAUAGAUUAAAAGUAAAAAUGUUGUUAGAGAUGAUAAUUAUCGAUCAAGCCAAUCUCGUUAUACUUCUUCUCAUGUAUCAGAUAAUUUAGUUUCCAAAGCAUCAAGUGAACAGUCUAAUCUAGUUGAAUCAACAUUUUUGAAUGCAUCAUCAGGGGAAGUGAAUUCAUUUGAAUUAAUUGAUGCAGAGGAUACUCAAUAUAUUGUAUGGCAACCAGAUUGUAUUGCUCAUCAGUGUACACAAUGUCGUAUUGAAUUCUCGGCAAUACGACCUAAACAUCAUUGUCGAAAUUGUGGCUAUAUAUUCUGUGGCAAUUGUUCUGAUCGUCGUAUUGCUGUGCCAAGUCAACCAGGUGAACCAGUACGUGUAUGUCGUCAUUGCUUUUACCAGUUGUCUCGUGGUUCCGUGAAAACAUCAAAACAACAAUUAACGGAAGACUAUCCAUCAUCUGUUUCAUCUCAACUAGUAAAGGAUACUAUUAUGAGAAGUAAUAGUGGUGGUGGUGGACUUGUGAAAAAUUUAACUAAUCCUGAUUUUCUGCACUAUAUGAAUGGCUCAAUUAAUCAUCCUAUUACUACCACUGGUUGUGCUGCCAAUUCAUCAUCCUACUCUAAUGGUGGUGUGUUAAGAAUGACAUCGAGUAGUGGCGGAGUUGCACAUAUCAUCAGUGGUUCUUCUAAACCAACCAUGUUUACAGCUAGUGCUACCACUAUUCCUACUACUACCACUACUAAUACUAGUACUAAUACUACUCACACUGUUAAUAAUCAUCGUUUAGAUGCAGUAAUUACCAAUAAUCCCCCAUCUAGAUGUCAUAGUGCUGGUGGUACUAGACCAACGUCUUCAGCUACAUCAGAUGGAAUUGCUCAGGCAUGAAAAGAGAGUAAUAUUUUUAAAAAAAUAGAAAAAUAAACUACUCCAUAUUAUAUUAGUCAUUCAAGUGUAUGUGGUUUAAUUAACCUUUACGUAUAUACAUAUAUAUUUAAUGCACACUGAUGAAAAUUAAACAACCAACAAUCCCUUCAUAUCCACAUGGGUGCCGUUAAUUUAUUGUUCUCUCAGAUUUUGUCUUUCAGUUUGUUUGUGACUAGUCCUAUUGUUUUAUGUGUGUGUGCGUGUGUGAAUCUAUUUAUUUAUCUAUCUAUCUGUUUUUGCUUCGCCUUCUCAUUGCUGUUUAACUUUGUCCUUCAGUCUUUCCUGUUGGCUUAUAGUUGGUUUUGUUGGAGAUGGAGAAUUUCUUCGGAAGACGAAGUCCCCUCUGUAUGAUGUUUAAUGUUCAGAUUGACAAUUAUUUAUUUAUUUACUUCGUUAAUUGCCCUACAUUUUGUUUCUCUCUGCGUGUAUGCUAACAUUGUGUGUGUGUUUUUUUUGGUUUUUUGAAAACUGUUGCUUCUAUUAAUCAGAGUGUAGACUAUACAAAUACUGUUAUGAUGUAAUUUUUCUUGUUGUUGUUGUUGUUGUUGUUAUAAUUCUACGAGUGAUAGUACUCCUCUUUAUAUUCCUUCCUCUCCCAAUGAUAAGAAGAAAAAAAAGAAGAACAUGCUUCCCCCCCCCUCUAUUAUUGACGACUGACUGACUACUCAAUCAACUUAAUCGAGUAAUUUGAUUGAUCCUCCCUCCUUUCUUGUUGUUUUCGCACUACCUUUCGCUUUUCUUCUGAUCAGCUUUUUUUGUAGUAGGUCUCCUCAUACAUAAUCCAUAAAUUAUAUAAUUGAGCUAUCCACUAACUCUCUCCCUCUCUCUCUCGCUCCCACACACACACACACGCAUAUAUUUAUGUAUACUUCUUCCAAAUUUUGCUAAAGUAUAAAUGAAAGAAAAUAUUUUUGGACAAUUUUGCGUGAUUAUUAUUAUUGUUGUUUUUCUGAGCAUCUCUUUCGAUUCAAUAAUCUGCACUAGAAAAUCGUUAAUGAUGACGCUACCGCUUAGUGUCUACUAGAUUUUGAUGAAUUGAAAUUCCCUCGCUUCACUCAGUAUUUCC